GCAAGUUGUGCAAUAUCACAAUAUCAAUAUAUGUGUGUGUCGAGCGCUGUGUGAAGGUAUAAGCGUUUGCGUAAGAACUGUUUUAAAUUUUCACGUGGAUCGCUGAAUUUCUUGUUACGAACCGGAUUGAAUAUAUAUUUCCUGGAAUUGGGAACAUUCUUGUUUUAGUUAUGGCGAUUCGUGUACAAUUUGAAAAUAAUAAUGAAGUUGGAGUUUUUUCCAAGUUAACGAAUUCUUAUUGCCUUGUUGCAAUCGGGGGAUCCGAGAACUUUUACAGUGUAUUUGAAGCAGAACUCGCUGACACAAUUCCUGUGAUACAUGCAUCAGUUGCUGGCUGUCGAAUAAUUGGGCGAAUGUGUGUUGGAAAUAAGAAUGGACUUCUAGUUCCCAACUCCACCACAGACACAGAGCUGCAGCACUUGAGGAACUCUUUGCCAGACACAGUUUGUGUGCAGCGUGUUGAGGAGCGGUUGUCAGCACUGGGGAAUGUGGUGGCUUGCAAUGACUAUGUCGCACUUGUGCAUCCUGACUUGGACAGGGAGACUGAGGAAAUCCUGGCUGAUGUUCUCAAGGUUGAAGUGUACCGCCAGACAGUUGCAUCAAAUGUUCUGGUUGGUUCAUAUUGUGUCCUCUCAAACCAGGGUGGGCUUGUGCACCCACAUACGUCCAUUCAGGACCAAAAUGAAUUGUCCUCAUUGCUUCAAGUUCCACUUGUGGCAGGCACAGUUAACCGGGGUUCUGAGGUGAUUGCUGCAGGCAUGGUGGUAAAUGACUGGUGCUCCUUCUGUGGCAUGGACACAACAUCAACUGAACUGUCUGUGAUAGAGAGUGUCUUCAAGUUGAAUGAAGCACAGCCUUCUGCUAUAGCAACCACGAUGCGGGCAUCUCUCAUUGAAAGUAUGUCAUGAAGGGACAAAUGCCACUGAACGUGCUGGAAAUUUUAUGAACUGUGAAAUAAGAUAAAAAGGAAGACUCUCAUAAAAUUUAUGCUAAGGUGUUCAACAAGGACAGCAGCAUCUGCAAGAAGAAGAAAUUACAGUUGAGAUAUUUGUGUCUGUGUGUGCAUGUUUAUAUAAAAGAACAGUAAGUCGUUAAACAGUUGUUCUGAUGAACCACAGCUUUUCCAGUUAUGCAGUUCCGCAGCCAUCAACCAGCCAAGUUAACUCCAUGGAGCAGAGUGUCUGAGAAAGUAAUAAUCACUCAACUAAGCACGAAGUUGCCCACCUUUCAUGGGACUUGAAGGUUCAGUGCCACAUACACAACUGUCACUGAUCCAUAUCUUGAUUCAUUUCAGUCCAGACCAGCCUGCACUCUUCCACCCUAUUUCUUUAAGAUCCUUUUUGAUAUCAUUUCAUCUAUUUCUCACCUCUGUUCAUGUGCCCUGCCCACCUCAUCUUCCUUAUUUUCAUCACCUAAAAGUAAUUGUGGAAGAAUAAAUAGUGAAGUUACAUA